AAACCUCAUCAGAGUCUCCUCUGCUGGUCUCUCGCUGUGCUGGGCUGUCAGAGAUGGGCAAGCAAGAAGCGAAACCCUGGCCUUAAAAUCCCCAAAGAAGCGUUUGAACAACCUCAGACCAGUUCCACGCCACCUCGAGACUUAGACUCCAAGGCUUGCAUUUCUAUUGGGAAUCAGAACUUUGAGGUGAAGGCAGAUGACCUGGAGCCUAUAGUGGAGCUGGGGCGAGGUGCGUAUGGGGUGGUAGAGAAGAUGAGGCACGUCCCCAGCGGGCAGAUCAUGGCGGUGAAGAGGAUCCGGGCCACAGUAAAUAGCCAAGAGCAGAAACGGCUACUGAUGGAUUUGGACAUUUCCAUGAGGACAGUGGACUGUCCGUUCACCGUCACCUUUUAUGGCGCGCUCUUCCGGGAGGUAGGUGGUAGAUCAAUUCAAAGUUUAAGAACUAUAGAUUCAGCCGACUCCAAUGAAAAUGCCUCACCUUGCGAUCUCAGGCUAAGGAUAAUAAAACUGGGCAUACUUAACAUUCAAUUUCUUUCUAGCCAUGUGGUAAAUAAAUCUUUGUUUCUCUUGCAGAUCGUAAAAGCAUUAGAGCAUUUACACAGUAAGCUCUCCGUCAUUCAUCGAGAUGUCAAGCCUUCUAAUGUGCUCAUUAAUGCUCUGGGCCAAGUGAAGAUGUGCGACUUUGGAAUCAGUGGCUACCUGGUGGACUCUGUCGCUAAAACAAUUGACGCAGGUUGCAAACCGUACAUGGCCCCUGAAAGAAUAAACCCAGAGCUCAAUCAGAAGGGAUACAGUGUGAAGUCGGACAUUUGGAGUCUGGGCAUCACAAUGAUUGAGCUGGCCAUCCUCCGGUUUCCCUAUGAUUCGUGGGGAACUCCUUUUCAGCAGCUCAAACAGGUGGUGGAGGAGCCAUCGCCGCAACUCCCGGCAGACAAGUUUUCUGCAGAGUUUGUUGACUUUACCUCACAGUGCUUGAAGAAGAAUUCCAAAGAACGGCCUACAUACCCAGAACUCAUGCAACAUCCAUUUUUCACCCUACAUGAAUCCAAAGCAACAGAUGUGGCAUCUUUUGUAAAACUGAUUCUUGGAGACUAAAAAACAAUGGACUUAAACCAGUUGACCCUGCUGUGGAUUGGUGGGUUUCAGGGUGAAGCAAGUUCACUACAGCGCCAAUAGAAAGUCAUCUUUGAGAUCAUUUAACCCUGCCUCUCGGAGGGUUUUCUCUCCCCAUUUUCUUUUCUCCCCCUCAUCCAAAGGGGGCUUUGGAAUCUAUAGUAUAGAAUGAACUUUCUAGAUGGAUGAAAUACGAUAAAGGCUUAGGACUUCAAAGGUGAUUAAAUAUUUAAUGAUGUGUCAUAUGAGUCCUUAAGCUUCUCCGACUUCUCUUGUUCUUUACAAAAUGAAUGCAUUGGUCCUGGCAAAAAGGUGCUACCGUAGUGAUGAAAUUAUAAGUAGAUGUGUAGCGUGUCCCGUUUAUUAUUUUAAUAUUUAUGUUUUAAGUGCUUGGUUGAAAAGAUGCCAUUUUAUGCAAGAAGGGAGAUACAAAGGACAGGUUGGGUUAGCAAUAUUUAUAGGGCUUCUAUUUUUUAAGUUCAAUCGUGUCUGUGGUCCAGAAGAAAUUAUUUAAUAUGCAUCUUUAAGAAUAUUAUAAAAAUAUCAAAAAGGA